AUGGGCACCUCAGGAGGAAUCACCGCAGGGAGAGCCGUGGCACUAGGGCUGGCUUUGCUUGCUUGCUUGGUGACUGGAGGUGAGUCUCGAGGCCCCCUUUAUGGUGAGAUCGGGGCUGCCCGCCGUGGCCUUGUCGAAACCGGUGCUGCAGUUUUCGACGUCACUCAAUACGGUGCAAAGGCUGAUGGAAAGACCGACAACUCAAUGGCAUUCGUAAAGGCAUGGAACGCAGCUUGCCACAAUAGCGGACCUGCCAAACUGGUGAUCCCAACGGGGACAUUCCUGUCCGGACCGGUGGUGUUUCAGGGGCCGUGUGAGGGUUCAAACCCGAUCACUGUCGAAGUUAACGGCACCAUAAUAGCAAGCACUGAUAUCAGCGAAUAUUCUGAGGAUGGGUGGUUCUCGUUCGAGCUGAUCGAUGGCUUGGUCCUCAAAGGAGGAAUUUUCGAUGGGCAAGGCCAGACCGCAUGGCCAUACAACGAUUGCAAGCACAACAAAGAUUGCCAACAUCUCCCCGUGUCGCUCAAGUUUAACAAAGUGAACAACACCGUCGUAGAUGGGGUGACUUCACUGAACAGCAAGGGCUUCCAUUUUUCUAUAACGUUCUCAGAGAACUUCACCGGCGUCAACCUCAACAUAUCAGCUCCAGACGAGAGCCCAAAUACCGACGGAAUCCAUUUGAGCAGUUCUGAUCGCAUCAACAUCUCGAGUAGCGUAAUCGCGACCGGUGAUGAUUGCCUUGGAAUUAUCCAAGGCGCCACGAAUGUCUCUGUCAAUGAAAUUACCUGCGGCCCAGGUCAUGGGAUCAGUAUCGGCAGCCUCGGCAAGUAUCCUAACGAAAAGGACGUGAUCGGCGUGCAUGUGAGGAACGCCACAUUGACGAACACCACAAACGGCGUCCGAAUCAAGGCCUUCCCAGGAGACAGGCAGCUUCUCGCUUCGGACAUUAUCUUUGAAGACAUCGUCCUGAAUUACGUGAAGAACCCGAUCAUCAUCGACCAGCAUUACGGCUCCCGCAAGGUCACGAAGCCAUCGAGUGUGAAGUUGAGCGACGUGCACUUCAAGAACAUCAGAGGGACCACGGUCUCGGAAGUGGCGGUCUUGCUGCAGUGCAGCUCGUCAAACCCAUGCGAACAGGUUGAACUGUCCGACAUCGACUUGUCCUUCGCCGGGGCUGCAUCGGGGAGCAAGAACGUGACGUCGUUGUGCGAGAACACGAAGCCUACCUUCAUCGGCACGCAGAACCCUCCAGCUUGUCUGUAG